AUGACGCCGGGGGCGUGUCUUCAGGCCCCUCCGCGUGCAGUUACCUGAGAGACGCGCGAGUUUUGGUUCCGCCGCCGCGAGCCAGAGGAGAAGCUCGAGUUGGUGGUGGGCGGCCCGAGCGCCGCCAUGGAGGUGGUGGAGGCCACCGAGCAGCUGCAGACGCUCAAGUUCGGCGGCUCCGGCCAGGCCUCCGCAGCCCCGCCGCCACCUGAGGAGCGCCGGGACGCCGAGCAGGCCGAGCACGCCCCGAGUUCCGAGGCCGGCGGAAGCGCGCCGCAGCCGGAUCGGCCGCAGCCGAGCGAGGCCCGCGCCCCCGGCUCCGACGCCGUGGAGCUGCCGCAAGUGCUGCAGGCCUCGUACUCCUCGGACUCGGAUUCGGAUUCGGAUUCGGACAGUGAAACAGAUUCAGAUAGUUCAAGCUCCUCCUCUUCCUCUUCCUCCUCUUCUUCCUCCUGUGUAUCUCUUCCUCCAGUGCUGUCAGAUGGAGAGGAAGAUGUACAAGUCGAGAAGGAAAAUAAGAAUAUCCCUCUUAAAACAAAGGAUGAGUUGCUUCUUAACGAACUACCUUCUGUUGAAGAACUCACUGUUACUCUGCCUGAAGACAUUGCUCUAAAACCUCUUGGAAAGGUUUCCAGCAUUAUUGAACAAUUAGUAAUAAUUGAGUCUGUGACUAACAUACCUCCAGUUAAUGAGGACACUGUCGUUUUCAAAAGUGAUCGACAGGCAGCAGGAAAGAUAUUUGAGAUAUUUGGACCUGUUGCCCAUCCAUUUUAUGUAUUGAGGUUUAAUUCUUCAGAUCACAUUGAGAGUAAAGGUGUUAAAAUAAAUGACACUAUGUACUUUGCUCCGUCAAUGAAGGACUUCACUCAGUAUAUAUUCACAGAAAAACUCAAACAGGACCGAGGAUCAGAUGCCUCCUGGAAGAACGAUCAGGAACCACCUCCAGAAGCUUUGGAUUUCAGUGAUGAUGAAAAAGAAAAAGAAGCCAAACAGAAAAAAAAAUCUCAAAUUCAAGGCCGGAAAAAACUGAAAUCGGAAUUGACUGAGUCAAGUGAAGAUGUUGGUGAAGUGCAUCAGAAUUGGAAUGCCUAUGGCUCUCCUUCGGAACAUUCAAAAGGAUAUCACAACAGGGAAUUCACAAGAGGCUUUCCCAGGGGUAGAUACUCUCAAGGAAGCCGCGGCAGGCCUCCACCUCAUCAGUUCUAUAACUCAGAUCAUAUGGCAUCUCAAGAGACUUUGGCAUUUCCACCUCAGAGACAAGAUAAUCCUGUCAUGACGCACUAUCCCUUUCCCCCUCCCAUGUUUGAUAUGCAUAACUUUCCACUCCCACCACCGCCCCCGCCCCCACCCCCAUCUGUAAACAUGGGGUGGGCUGCACCUAACAUGGCCUCUCAUCCCUUGCUUAAUUUACCAUUUUCCCUGGCCCCACCACCCCCUCCUCCACCACCUCCCCCUCCCUCUCCCGGGGAAAAUAAUUCUAAUCAUUUUGGACCUUACUAUUAAGUGUAUGCUUGUAUUUCAGAGAAAUAUGGACUGUUCAGAUUAUAUGGUAAAGGAUUUUUAAGGAAAAUUAUUAUUGAACUAGAUUUUUAAAAAGCAUUGUAAAAUUCUAAAUGUAAUGACCCAAUUGUAUGUUCAUAUGUAUUUUAAAUAACUCAGUUAUAAGUUCAUAUAUAUUUGUAACCUUCAUGAAAAGGUAUUCAUAGGUACAGUUCAUCUCAUUCUUUGAGAAAAAUCCAGUUCAUGUGAUAGUUAAGUAAAAUGUUGAGUCAUGCUGUCCACUACCCGGCUCA